AUGGUUGGUGUUACUCACUUUACUGCUGCCGGGAUCGCCAUGCUGAGCACGCUGGGCAAUGUUGUUGCCUCUUCAGGUCCGGCUGGGGAUGGUGCCUCCAUGAAAGCCAGGGACGUCAUGGAUGAUUCCACGGCCACCCCCGAGACAAGGGACCUUGAUGAUGUCGAAACUCGUGCCGUCUUGGAUGGCGACGACUCGGAUCUUGCCGCCCUAGACAAGCGUCUCUUCCCUCUUAUUGGACUUGCCGCCAAGGCCGGUAUCAAGGCCGGUGCCAAGGCUGGGGCGAAGAAGGCCGCCAAGAAAGGUGCCAGGAAAGGUGCUAAGAAGGGUGCGAAGGAGGGCGGCUCGCACAAGGCCAAGGAGAAGCACCAGAAGCAUAAAGCCAAGAAUAACAGCAAGCCCAAGAAGAAGGGCCGUCGAUCUUUGGAUGAUGAAUACUCUUUCCUCGACUCUAGGGAUAUUAUGGAUGAUUUUUCCGAACUCAACUUUGAUGCUCGCGACUUCGAUGAGGAUAUGUUCCUGGAGACCCGCAAAUUCGUUGGCCCAAUUAAGAAUGGCGGUAUGUUCUUCAACCGGCACAAGAACUCCCUCAGACCCAUGGGGCCUGGCGGCGGUCGCAAAUUGAAGACCGGCAAUGGAGUCAAGGCCAAGCCGGCUGGCAGGAAGAGACCUCGAUCAUUUGAUGAGGCUAUGGAGUUUUACGAAGAGUAA